AAUUCGCACAAUAUGGCUGCGGAAGUUGCAGUUGCGGCUCAUGAAAAUUUUCAAAGAAUGCAGAUAGAUUUGCAAAAUCAAGAACUUGACUCACCAGGUGGAGUAGCAACAGCUCAACAAUACACACAGCUGUUAGCCCUGCAUCUGCUACAUAACGAAAUAUGUGAGGCCAAAUUUGUAUGGAAAAGAAUUCCAGCCCAAAUAAAAACAUCCACACCAGAGCUAACAAAUGUAUGGGCUGUUGGACAGAAGAUUUGGCAGAGAGAUUUCCCUGGAAUAUAUGAAGCUUUCAACAAGGAAUGGUCUGAGUCAUUAAAACCAGUCAUGGAUGCUUUAUUAGCUGCUACCAGAAAGAGAGCUUUUAACUUAGUUGCCCAGGCCUAUGAUUCUAUCAAUGUUGAUGAUUUAGCAGCAUUCGUUGGCAUGCCAUCAAGUGAAGCAGCACAAGCAGUACAGAAGGAAGGCUGGGAUGCUGAUCCACAGACUAGAUUUAUUACACCUAGGAAGCCAUGUGCAGUAGUAGAUCCUGUGUUAGUCAGUGAACAACAGUUGAGUGUCCUGACAGAUUAUGUGUCAUUCCUUGAGAGCUGACACUUGGAUUGACUGUAGUUUAAUUGUUAUAUGGCAUUUUUUAUGAAGGGAGAUAAAUGUGUACUUAGCCACUGACUUUAAAAUCAUCAUAAUUAGAGAUUUAAUGUGAAUGGAAGCUGAUUGUUUGAAUGGUUACACAACUAGAAGAAUACAGAUUUUUCCAAGUUCAUUCAGAUACAUGUAUGUCAGCAAGAUUAAGUGUCAUGCACUUCUUUGCUAUGUUUUCAGAUAGACAAUAGUGUAAAUUUUAAGACAAUUAAAAUAAUCACUGUUGGGGCAAUCACCAAUCAUUGUAAGAUUUUCAAUAUUUGUAAAAUAUUCUUUAUGAUGAGAAUGAAAGAUUUGAAUGUUAAGUGUUGUUUUCUUUUGCUUAUGUUUACCUAAAAAAAAGAUAGCAUUAAAUGUAACUGUGUUCUUCAAUCAAA